UGGUGCGGUCAUGUCACUGGCCAGGGCAAUCUUUCCGUCAUCUUUGGAAAGGUUACGCCUAAGGAGGUUAUCAAUACUGGUCCUUAUGCUUUGGUUAGACAUCCAGUCUAUGUCUCGUACAUCCUCGGUUGGCUGGGAUCUUUGAUCGCGAUGCAGCAGGAGUGGAGACAUAACCAUGCAUUCUUUGGAUUUGUCAGAAUGGUGGCUAUGGCUAUUGUCGUCAUCGGCUUGGUUGGGCUGUACAGGGAAGGUGCAGACUUGGAGGAGAGGCAGUUUAUGUUGAAUGAGGAUGUUGUCAAUGGAGAGACUGUCGACUUGGGCAUCAGAAGAAAGUACGAGAGUUACAAGAGUGUGGUGGGUGCACGCUGGAUUCCUGGUGUCAUUUGA